AUGAAAUUUAACUUGUUCAAGAAGAAGCCGGAAGCUAUGGUGGCCGCUGAGCCCACGGGUGCAACCACCAUGACAAUGGCUCCUGCCCCUGCGGUUGUCUCUACUAUGGCGGAUACAUCUGGAUCCAACAACACUGAGAUCAACAAGAACGACAUGUUUGAAGAAAUCAAGAGCAAAUUCUUGAAUGAGAUUGAUAAGAUCCCAUUGCCUCCAUGGGCUCUGAUUGCCAUUGCUGUGGUGGCGGCCCUGCUAGUCCUCACCUGCUGCUUCUGCAUCAUCAAGAAAUGCUGCUGUAAGAAGAAGAAGAACAAGAAAGGGAAGAAAGGCAAGGAUGGCUUCAACAUGAAGAACAUGCAGGGUGGCGAGAAACACCAGGAUGAUGAUGAUGAUGAGGGUGAGACUGGGCUUACAGAGGAGGAGAAAGAGGAGGAGGAGAAAGAGGAGGAGAAACUCGGAAAGCUGCAAUAUUCUAUAGAUUAUGACUUUGAGAACACCAAGCUCACAGUUGGCAUCCUUCAAGCCGCAGACCUUAUCUCCAUGGAUUCAGGAGGAACCUCUGACCCUUACGUCAAGGUCCAUCUCUUACCAGACAAAAAGAAAAAAUAUGACACCAAAGUCCAUAAGAAAACACUGAAUCCCGUCUUCAAUGAAUCAUUUGUAUUCAAGGUCCCCUAUGAAGAACUGGGUGGCAAGACUUUGGUAAUGUCUGUUUAUGACUACGAUCGAUUCUCCAAGCAUGAUGUUAUUGGAGAGGUGAAGAUUCCCAUGAACACGAUCGACCUAGGACAGCCCAUAGAGGAAUGGAGGGAUCUGGAGAGCGCAGAUCAAGAGGAGCCUGAGAAACUUGGAGACAUAUGCAUCUCCCUCCGUUACGUCCCCACUGCUGGCAAACUCACUGUCUGCAUCCUCGAGGCCAAGAACCUUAAGAAGAUGGAUGCCUGCGGAUUGUCUGAUCCUUAUGUGAAAAUCCAACUGCUUCAGGGAGGAAAACGUCUAAAGAAGAAGAAGACUACAGUUAAAAAGAAUACUCUAAAUCCAUAUUACAAUGAGUCAUUUAGCUUUGAAAUCCCUCUGGAGCAGAUGCAGAAAAUCUUGGUGGCAGUCACAGUGUUUGACUAUGACAAGAUUGGUAAGAACGACGCCAUUGGAAAGAUCUUCGUGGGCAGUAAGGCGACAGGCUUAGGCCUGAAGCACUGGUCGGAUAUGUUGGCUAACCCACGCCGCCCCAUCGCCCAGUGGCAUGCAUUGCAGCAGGAGGAAGAUAUCGAUGGUCAGCUGGCAUCCCUGGCCGCAAAGAAGUAA